GCAUUAAGUUUAGUUUUAUUCCUUCACGAGAAUAAUAAUCCACUAUCUGCUCAUCAAAUUCAAGAAAAAUUAAAAUUACCACCGUGGAAAUACCAUCAUAGUCAGUAUUUAGGUGGUCCAAGUCAUCAACGUCAGCAUCAACAAAGACAAGCAUUACAGAAGCAAUCCGCUGCUCGGCAAGAUUAUUACUCCAUCACACGCAAUUUACCACUUUGGGCUGUAUCGUCGAUCCAUUGCGGCAAUGAAGUAUUGCGAUUUAAUAUUUUUACGCGUAAUCAUCAAGCGAUGAAAGAAUUUUACACUCUUUUAUUAGAUGAUCAACCCACCUUUCAUCGUCAACAUUUUUGUCUUUUUACUCUGUAUAGCCAGCCUGGAUUAUGCAUCCAACUGAGUUUAAAAUAUGAUGCAACUUUAUUACCUAUUCCUGUUCAAUCGGCAUUUCUACAAUUUCGUGUUCAUAAUAUUAGUGAAUUAUCCAGUACAUUAACCUCAUCGCAACUGAAUUGCCCUCAUGGUAGGACUGGUUGGUGGACAACUUAUGAUCCAGAUGGGAAUUUUGUACUUUUACAA